ACUGGGUUCGAGUCCUGAUCGAGGAGCGCGUCUCUCUUGUGUGUGUGUCUCUCUCUUUCUCCUCCUCCUCCUCCUCCCCGUGGCCCCUCCCUUGGUGGAAAGGCGGCAACCCAGAAGAGGCGGGCCCUGGGCGCGCGCGCGUGGAUGUCACCGGAGAGCGCUGCCUUUUCUGCCUGACAUCCGCACGCGGCUCGGCCCUGAAAAGGCGGCGCGCGAGCCCAGCGGCAGGCAAAGGCAAAGGCAGCGCGAGCCCUUCCCUCGCCAUCCGGAAAGGCUUCUCCCCGGACUCGCUCACUUCGGGCUGCCUUUGGGUUGGGGUGUGUGAGUGUGAGUGUGUGUCACUCCCGGAGCGCGUCUUCAUCAGCAGCUGAAUUGGAGAAGGAGUUCCCUCUCCGGCUUGUCGGAUCCAAGGCUUGGAAGGAAGGAAGGAAGGGAAGGGCUUUCCGCCGCCGAGGAUCCCCUCUCUUUCAAUCUCGCAAUGGAUACCUUCUUCGCCUUCCUUUGGGGAUGCCUCCUCUGCUUCUUCUGGGCUGGAUCCGGAGUCCGAGCGCAAGCCGCAGCUCAGUCGUGUGGGGGGCGUUUGAAUUCCAAAGACGCUGGCUACAUCACUUCACCUGGCUACCCGCAUGACUACCCUUCCCACCAGAACUGUGAAUGGAUCAUUUAUGCCCCGGAACCAAAUCAGAAAAUUAUCCUCAACUUCAACCCUCACUUUGAAAUUGAGAAACAUGACUGCAAGUAUGAUUUCAUAGAGAUCCGGGAUGGAGACAGUGAAUCCGCUGACCUUCUGGGCAAGCACUGUGGAAAUAUUGCUCCUCCGACCAUCACCUCCACUGGCCCUUCCCUCUAUAUUAAGUUUACUUCAGACUAUGCCCGUCAAGGGGCUGGCUUCUCUCUGCGCUAUGAGAUUUACAAGACAGGCUCUGAAGAUUGCUCUCGAAAUUUCACCAGCUCAAAUGGUACUAUUGAAUCCCCUGGAUUUCCUGAUAAAUAUCCUCACAAUUUGGACUGUGCCUUCACCAUCAUGGCCAAGCCAAAGAUGGAGAUUAUCCUUCAGUUUUUAACCUUUGACCUCGAGCAUGACCCCUUGCAAGUUGGAGAGGGUGAUUGCAAAUAUGAUUGGCUGGACAUCUGGGAUGGUAUUCCUCAAGUGGGUCCCUUGAUUGGCAGGUAUUGUGGCACGAAAACCCCAUCAGAGAUCCGCUCAACGACUGGCAUCCUGUCACUCACUUUCCACACCGAUUUAGCAGUGGCUAAAGAUGGCUUCUCGGCUCGCUAUUACUUGGUCCAGCAGGAAGUGCCAGAGAACUUCCAGUGCAACAGUCCACUGGGCAUGGAAUCGGGCCGAAUCUCUAACGAACAGAUCACGGCCUCCUCCACUUACUCCGAUGGCAGGUGGACCCCACAGCAGAGCCGUCUCAACAGUGAUGACAAUGGAUGGACUCCCAAUGUGGACAGCAACAAGGAAUUCCUGCAGGUGGAUCUCCGCUUUCUCACAGUGCUGACAGCCAUUGCGACACAAGGUGCCAUCUCCAGAGAAACACAGACUGGGUAUUAUGUUCGGACGUAUAAACUAGAGGUCAGCACAAAUGGCGAGGACUGGAUGAUGUACCGGCAUGGCAAAAACCACAAAGUAUUCCAGGCUAACACAGAUGCUUCAGAAGUAGUCCUGAACAAAAUCCAUUCUCCAGUGUUGACUAGGUUUGUCAGAAUACGGCCCCAAAUUUGGCACAGUGGGAUUGCUCUGCGGCUGGAACUCUAUGGCUGCCGGAUCACAGAUUCGCCCUGCUCAAACAUGCUGGGGAUGCUCUCGGGCCUCAUCCCGGACUCACAGAUCUCGGCUUCCUCUACCAGAGAGUACCACUGGGUCCCAAGUGUUGCGCGCCUGGUUAGCAGCCGCUCAGGAUGGUUCCCGCGUAUCCCACAAGCACAACCCGGGGAGGAGUGGCUGCAAGUGGACCUUGGAGUCCCCAAGAAUGUAAAAGGAGUAAUUAUCCAAGGGGCCCGAGGUGGGGACACCAGCAGCGCGGUAGAGGCCCGUGCGUUCGUGAAGAGGUUUAAAGUCGCCUACAGCAUGAACGGCAAAGAUUGGGAAUACAUACAGGACCUCAAAACAAUGCAAGCGAAGAUUUUUGAAGGAAACAUGCACUAUGAUACCCCUGAAGUUCGGCGGUUUGAUCCCGUUCCUGCACAGUUCAUCAGGGUCCACCCAGAGAGAUGGUCUCCAGCAGGGAUUGGAAUGCGAUUGGAAGUCCUUGGCUGUGAUUGGAUGGAAGUAAAGUCCACUGCAGAGACCCUGAAGCCCACUCUGAAGAGCGAGGAAAUCACCACUCAGUUUCCCAUUGAUGAAGAAGCAACAGACUGUGGUGAUGGCUGUGUGGAAAAUGGAGAUUUCCAGAUCCCUAUCGGAUUCAACUGCAACUUUGAUCUGCCUGGAGAUCUUUGUGGUUGGACGCCUGAUAUGUCAGUAGGAUCUACAUGGACUUUCCAUUCUAGAAACCCCUGGACUAGCCACUCAGGACCAGGCAUUGAGGGUUAUCCAGAUGGCAAGACUUAUCUGAGAUUGCAGAGCAGUGCCAGGAGAGAAGGGCAACACGCCCGCCUUGUCAGCCCUGCCGUCUUCUUGCCCAGGAGCGCCGUCUGCAUGAUCUUCCGGUACCAGGUCUCUGGUGGGAGUGGGACCAUGCUGCAGGUGCGACGAGAAGCCACACAUGAGAACAAGGCCUUGUGGAUCAUCAGGGAGGAUCAAGGGGAAGAGUGGAGAGAAGGGCGGAUCCUUCUCUCUAGCUACGAAAUGGAGUAUCAGAUUGUAUUUGAAGGAAUUAUAAGCAAAGGACAUUCGGGAGAGAUUGCCAUCAAUGAUGUCCGGAUAGGCACCGAUACCUCCUUGGAGAACUGUAUGGAGCCUAUUGCAGCUUUCCCUGGUGAACACACGUACGAAAUUCCAGUGGAUUUUCCAGCUUUAGAGAGUGAUAUCACCAUCCAUGGGGAAGACUUUGGAGAAGACAGUGAAGAUGAUUACUUGGGCCUGACAAGAAACAAUACGCUGUUUUCCACCAACUCCCCACUAACCCCAAAGGUGGACAAGGAGAAGAGCUGGCUGUACACCCUGGACCCUAUCCUGGUCACCAUCAUAACUAUGAGCUCCCUGGGGGUCCUCCUGGGGGCCAUUUGUGCCGGCCUCUUGCUGUACUGUACCUGCUCCUAUGCUGGCCUCUCCUCUCGGAGCUCCACUACCCUGGAGAAUUACAACUUUGAGCUUUAUGACGGCAUCAAACACAAGGUCAAAAUGAACCACCAAAAGUGUUGCUCUGAGGCGUGACUGAUUGCACCAGAAUCGCAUUUGACAUUUCAUUCCAGCAAGAGUGGCUGGUGAAGAUUACUUUUUAUAUGGGAACUGAAUGCCAUAAUCUUACACAAGCCGGGGCUGAAAUACUGAAGUGGGGAGGGGUCCCUGCCAGGCCUCUUUAUUUCAAAUGACGACGACGAUGACAAGGAAGAAGAAGAAGAAGUAGCCAGGCAUACAUUCUGAGCUGCAAAAACUAUGGCUAAUUGUUUUCAUGGGUCGAGCAAAGCAAAUGGGGGCUGCAAUGCUUUACUUUUGAUGUCUUAUAUGAGCCAAUCUGAUCCAGAAGAGUCCAAGCGUUUGGCUUGCAUUCAGGAAGUGGGGAACACAAUGUUGAGCAUUAUUCUCCACUUCCUUUCUCUGAAGGGAUGGGAGAGCAUCUCUCACUCACACCUCCAUUCCGGUGGCCCUUCUAUCUUUGGAAAUGACACAUAAUCACACCCAUACAGAGCCCAUCCAGCUGACUGCCAUUUGGAAAAAAACUCCUUGAUUUUUAAGGGAUGUGUUCUUUGCUGUAGGUUAUGUAAGUCCGAGAAGCAGCGACUUCUAGGACCCAAGUGAAAGCAUCUUGUUGCCUUUUCCUUUUCUGAUCUGGAAGGGUCGAGCGAGGGGAGGGGGAGGUUAUUAAGCUUAUAGGUCAAUGGGAGCAGCCGCACUUUCUUUCCAGAUUACAAAGCAAAAGAGAAAAGGCAGCCUGAGGUGUGAGAGUCGACAGAAGCACCUCCUCAAGAGAAGCUGAAGAGCCUUAAAGUGAUUUGUGAAUAAGAGCCAUUUAUUAAAUCCAGAUCUUGGAUUGAAACAGCAGAGGCCUUUAUCACCAGGGCUCUUUCUUUUACUUUUCUUUCAGUCCCUUUAUAUAUAAAAAAAUCCUCUACAAUCCUUUUCUUUUAUUAUAGGAAAAUUGCAGCAAACAAAAGACACAAUUAUAAGAUGCCCAAGAACUCAGGAGAUGGCUUUUUGUAUGCGUCAAGAGAAAGACAGGCUGCUAUAUAUAAAUAUAUUUUUGUUAAUGCUGUGGCCACUCUCACGCUGAUGGGGAAGAAGGAACAGAGUUAGUUAUCCAGCCCACGGCAGAGUGCAGACUCCUCUCUCGGGCAGGAUUGGAUUUACUAGGUUCUUGUGGGUUUUUUCGGGCUAUAUGGCCAUGUUCUAGAGGCAUUUUCUCCUGACGUUUCGCCUGCAUCUAUGGCAAGCAUCCUCAGAGGUAGUGAGGAUGCUUGCCAUAGAUGCAGGCGAAACGUCAGGAGAAAAUGCCUCUAGAACAUGGCCAUAUAGCCCGAAAAAACCCACAAGAACCUAGUGAUUCCAGCCAUGAAAGCCUUCGACAAUAGGAUUGGAUUUCUUCUUUAGCUAAUACUAAGGGCUGAACUCUGCAAAGAGUUAUUGACAUUGCCUUUGAACAAAUUAUAUGACAUCACUUGGCCUGAACCUGUUAGCCAAUGAAAGCGUAACUUCUUUGCAGAGUCAGGUCCUUAGAUGGGACUCAACAAUUACAAACCCAACAAUGACAGUAUUAUGGCAACAUUGCAGGGUAUCGAAUCGUAGCUGAUAUUCUAGUGUAGACAUCGAAUAAAAGGUCUGGAACAGUCUGUUGUCAACUUCUUGUCCCUUCAGAACAACUUGCUUUGUUGUGAUUUGAAAAGCAACUUGUUCAUUACCGAAGGGUUUUGUUUGUUUGUGUGUGUGUGUGUGCGUGUAUGUAUUUUUUUUUUCUUUGAUCAAGUGCCUUAGAAAAAUAUUUUUCCCCUUUACAUAGAGAUUUGUGAUGUAUGGACCCACAAGGGAGGCAUUCACCCUUUCCCCUGUUCCUCUUCUUUUCGUCAUCAUCAUCACCACCAUCAUCAUGCUCUUCUUCAUAUUAUCUUUAUCAUCAUUGGAUCUCUACUGGGUAGAGUUUUGGCCUUUCCAGUGGUCAGAUAUAUUUCUAAUGCUGUCACGUGUACUGCUGUGCCAUGCUUGAAGUGUGUUGCAGACCAGUAAAAGAAAAGUUUACAAAUGCCAAGUUUUGACCUCCAAUGCCUUUUAUUCCAGCUCUUGGCAGCAAUCUUCAAGCCACUUGCUUCGGAGAAAUCGAAGUGACUGCUUUGUAGGGGCAAUCUUCAGACUAAGCAGAAGGGAUUUUCAGUGAAAUUCAACUAUUUAUGGUCAUUUGAGACACCUAACAGCCUUGUAGUAAACAUUUUGCUGGUAUAAUCUUGUCACAUUCACAUCAUCUCAUGUCUUGUGAUGUUCCAUUGGCAUAAGUAUUGAUACGCUUUCUGCUAGAUGUAUAUAGCAAAUAAAUGAGCAAGCCUUGGGGCUACUUUACAUAUUACCCUUUCUAGAAGUGCACUUCAAAAUGGGAGACAUAUCUUGGUGGACAUGUGAUAUAAUUGUACGCAUGUCUAUGGACUGAGGAUUUGCUGCAGCGCCUUAGCAAGUGUACAUUAGAUAGUAAUGUCUAAAUGGUAAUAUGUAAAGUGUUGCUCCAGAGCAGGUUUGCGUGCAUGCUUUACAUGCCAGACAUCCCUCGCUUUUGGCAUGCGCAUUGCACCCGGCCAUGUAUUAAGCAUUCCGGUAGUAUGCCACAAUCCAACACAGAGUUAGCCAAAACACUUAGGCAUGAUAUCAAAACAUUUAACUCUGUGAUGAAUCAUGGCCUUAACACAUUGUACAAGUUUUCACACUGUACUCUGUGUGACCUUGGGAUUGCUGAGAAACAGAUCAGGAGUUUGGGAUUAACAUCCGUAAGCAUGAUAGACCAACUGUCUUAUGGAAUACAUGCCAACCUUGGCCCCACAUAAAUCCAGAAUAUGCCUUCAUAUAGAAAAAUAUAGAGUAUAUUCUGAAAAACUACUGGCUAUACUGGUUAACCAUCCCUUAUCUUGAAUUUCAAAAUUCCAAAUACUUCAGAAUUAUUCAGAUCGGUUGUUGAGAUAGUGACAUCUUUGCUUUCUAGUGGUUCAAUGUACGCAAACUUGAUUUAAUGCACAAAGGUAUUACAGUUGAAAUUGUUGUAUAAAAUAACCAUAAAGCUAUGUGUAUAAGGAAUACACAUAUAUAAUAAGGAGCCCCCGGUGGCGCAGUGGGUUAAAAUGCUGAGCUUGUUGACCAAAAGGUCGCAGGUUCGAUUCCGGGGAGCAGCAUGAGCUUCCGCUGUCAGCCCUAGCUUCUGCCAACCUAGCAGUUCGAAAACAUGCAAAUGUGAAUAGAUCAAUAGGUACCACUCCAGUGCGAAGGUAACAUCGCUCCAUGCAAUCAUGCCGGCCACAUGGCCUUGGAGGUGUCUAUGGACAACGCCGGCUCUUCAGCUUAGAAAUGGAGAUGAGCACCACACCCCAGAGUCAGACAUGACUGGACUUAAUGUUCAGGGGACAACCUUUAUCUAUAAGGAAUACAUCAAACAUAAAUCAAUUUCAUUUUAGACUUGAUUCCCAUCUCCAAGAUACCUCAUUAUGUAAGGAUAUACAGUUGUAGGUAUUUCAAAACUGGAAAAGAUUGAAAGAGCUUCUCCAAAGCAUUUCAGAUAAGGGAUACUCAACCUGUACAUCCAAUCACUCUUAAAACCAACAGCAUAAAUGGAAGCCUUUAGUUUGUUCUAGAGGAAGUGUGUGGAACAUAAGGUCCAACAGAUAUUACUGAUCUACCAACAGUUAUAAUUCUUGGCCACUGGCCACUCUGGCUGAAGCUAAGUGGAGUUGGGCUCCGUCCAAUGACAUCUAGUGGACUUCAUGCUCUCAGUACCUAUACAUAGAGCAUAUUCUCAAUUCAUUCGGGGUCGAGGCUGACAUGUAUUCCAUAAACCAGGUGGUUCUUGUAAAUUUACCAUAAGACCCAACAUCCUGAGCACGAAACCCAUGGUAGACCUCCAGAAAGCUCCUUGAUAGAGGCUGAGAUAGGAAAGAUUCCCUAAUGGUGGAACGCCCUACUUUCCAGCCCUCUAGAAACCACACCAUACAAGUGCCCCUUUUGAUAGACAGAGAGUUCUAUAUCAAGCAUAUGUCAUGUAUAAGCACAUCCUCUCCCCUCUCCCACCUGCCCCAAUUUUGAAGGAACUCAAAAGCAUAAUCAUCAAUUUUACAGGGUCAUUUUGAAGACACUUGCUGCUACAGUCCUGAAAGGAAGGGCCCCAACUCAGCCAAAGUUAACUGCUUGUACAUCUCAUAGAUUUCAAUGGGAGGGUUCAGCAUGGACUUACCUCUGGCUGAAUUGCGUCCCAACCUUAUUUCUCUUAUGUUUGUGUGACGGAUGAAGGAGGACAGGCUGUAUCUGCGAAGGUCACCUGGAUAGGAGUAAUAGAUAUAUUAAGAAGUAAUGUUGCUGUCUAUAGUAGACAUACAGAGGGAGUGGAGUUCGUGUAUGCAUAUAUUUCAAUACAUAUGUGUUUGCGCGUGCUUGUGAGUUCUCUGUAUGUAUUAUAUAUGUGAGUGGUUACGUGGGACUACUUGUAUCGUGAAUGGGAGGCCAGAGAAUUCUACUGCCCUUUGUGUGAAUUUUAACAGGGGGUCGAGUGCAAAACACCAGCAUCAUGAAACCAACUCCCAACACUGGGGAAAGUCCUGUCCUUUGCAUGCCAUGUUGGUGGCCAUGGGGCUUGGCGGUGUGCACUCCAAGGAGCAGAAUCGGGCCAUAAUGCUGCAUAGCUGAUACCUCACUUACCUCUCUUCUGGGUGCUUUACUGUUUUAAUGCAGAAAACUGUGUUUGAUUGUAUUUUUAACAGGGCAAGGAAACAAAAACAAAUACCCCUACUGGUGCAUAUAUAUAUUCAUAUCAGUACAUUUUCAUCAGCAAAUACCUAUGUUAGAUUUGAUGAUCUGUUCUUCAGAGAGUUUUCUCCCUUUCCAAAAUACACACACAAAAAUCCUACCUUCUGGCCUUGCUAACGCCUUUGUUGAAAUAUGUGUUGUUCCCUCUUACCCCUCAAGGACAUCUUAGUUUGGGUGGACAGGGGCUUGCAGUGUCCUCUGGUCCUUGCAGUUGGAGAGAGGUAUAGACAAUGAAACAUAGGGAUCUUUAAAAAAAAGGAAAUAAAUGAAUGCAGGAAAUAGAAUUUCUCACAUUUUUACCAGCUCAUGGUCGUUCAACCAUUUACUGGCAGAGCCAGGUCAUGUGGACUUUAAAGCUUUUACUGUGAUUCUUCAGUGUUGAAAGAAAAGACAAACUCAAAACUGUGUUUCUAUGAUUUGUACAAAAGCCUUUUAAAAUUACUAUUUAAUAAACAUUAUAGUAGA